CAACUAUAUAACUACAGUUUCGUGGAUCUUGUCAAGUUACUAUACAUCGCUUGUAUUGAAUUCAACAAACAAUAAGUGGUGACUCAUUGACUUUAAAGUAAGUUCCAUAGUGGUUGAUCGACUUUGACGUUCCUUUAACUUGGGAAUCGUUGAAAGUGGUACAACAUGUCGAUAGUUGAAGAAAACGAUAUCGAAGAGUACCGUGAAGAAAGAAGAUUCUAAUGCGAGCAACACGUUAUUUCAUGUGACAGUUUAUUUUGGAAACAGUUGUGUUAGAAGGGGUGAUUUAGUUUAAUGGAAGCAUGUGAGUAAAUGGCCGUCACAGGAUCUUGGCAUCUCCCCAACGAUUUACUAUGGGCAUCUGCCUGGACACUGAUCAGCAGAAUGGAUCGCAGGUAUUUGAGGAAAGUGAUGCUCAAAGUGCAGGAAAAUGGAGAGGAGAAGCUGGACUUUUACCGACUCCACCGAACGGAUACUUUUCACAACAAAAUGUUGGUCCUGUCAAAUUUGAAAUUCCAAAAGUGCCUGUUAUUUUUGUACUCGGCGGUCCAGGAAGUGGAAAGGUGACACAUUGUGACAAUUUAAUGCAAGAGAAGAAGGGCAUAACACAUAUCAACAUGAUGGAUCUUCUUCAACAGUAUGCAUUAGGGAAUGAUAUGCAAGAUUUCGGACAACUUAGUAGUAAAACAGUCGCGGAGGUUCUUAUGCUCGAAAUCAAAAUGUCUCCAACUUCCAAAGUUUUUCUCGUCAGUGGUUAUCCACGCAAUAUGCGAGACGUGGUCGAAUACGCUGAAAAAAUAAAAAUAGUGAACGGUGUAGUCCUCAUUUCGUGGAGACAGGAAGUCCUUGAAAGGCAAAUCGAUUUUGGCGCACAGCUCGGGCAAGUGGUCAUUGAACUCGCAAGAAUGGAACUCCAUAAUUUUUAUAGAAAUGUUAUGCCUGUUAUCGAGUAUUUUGAUCAAAGUGGAAUGUUGUUGGAAGUGAACGGUGAAAGAAAUCCAAACGAGGUGUACGUUGACUUCCGCGAGGCAGUAUUCAAAAUUUUAGGUUUAUCAAAUCAAAAUCUACAGCAGAAGAAUGCUCCCGAGUCUGUAGAAACAAAAGUGGACGUUGAAAGUAGAAAACAAUCUGUUCCAACGAUUGCACUUCACAAGGAACAAGUAUCACCAAAAAUAACGCAAUUGCCUAUCACGACAACUGUACAGCCUCCGAAAAUUUCGGGCAAACUCAAGAAACAUAUACCUUCCUUUAUCUGGGUCAUAGGUGGUCCAGGAAGCAACAAAGAAAACCUGUGUACACAGGCGAUACGAAACAUGCCCGGUUGGGUCCAUAUAAAUAUAGGCGGUAUGCUGAGAACAAUGGCGCCAUCGAACAUCACCAUCAACGAUGCUAUUGUUUCCGGUGAAAUGGUUCCGCAGGAUAUAGUAAUGCAAGUGGUUGAGCAACAAAUUAUGAUGAACAACGACGCGGAUGGCAUAAUAAUCGAUGGCUAUCCGAGAGACUUGAGUCAAGUUCAAGAAUUCGAAAACAAGUUUGGACAACAACCGCCCUUAGUAUUAUUAGAUUGUUCGAAAUUGCAACUUGGAAGGGGAAGAUUAGAUGACAGUGUGUCUGCAUUUAAGAAAAGAUUGGAACUUUUCCGAAAGGUUUCGUUGCCUAUGCUGAAGUCAUUGGAUAAUGAAAAUCGACUUACUAUUAUUGACGGUGACACGGACGUACCAAGCGUACAACAGGAAUUCGCAGCUGCUCUUUAUCAAUUAAUGACUCAAGCACGACGAAAUAAAGAAGAUAAUGAAGUUAUUUAUAAUAAUAGUGACCAAAGAAUUGUACUAAAUGGUAUUCCUAAGCACGUAAUCGAUAAUAAAUCGGCUAUAGAGAAAGUGAUCAGUGAGAAUAUGAAUGGAAUUAAUGUACAGGGGCCGAUCGCUAAUGGAUUGAGAAAUAACGUGAAUCAGGCUCAGAAGAACAACAUAGCCCGCGUGCAUAAUUAUAUAGGAAAUGGAACCGCGCAUGUUCUACAAAAUGGCGUAUCGCAUCUGACGAAUGGGAUCAUAUCAAAUAACAACAAAGUUGCGCCAGCGGUGCAGAAUUACAUGUUGAACACGAAGGAUGCUAUAUCGAAGAUGUACGUCGAGGUCGAAGGCUCUCAACAAAAUUUACACAUGUAACAUAACCUUUGUACCGUCCAAUUGAAAUAUUCAGACUAGUGCGUGUGAAAUCUUCGGUUCGAAAGUACCACUUCUAAAAUUUUAUUAAUAGUCUUUUACAGUUUCCUGAAACUUAGAUCAAUUAUCUGGAAAUAUGGGGAAAGGAAUUAACCCUGCUUAGGCUCUUCUAGGAAGUUUCUAGGGACUUUUAUAAAUCCAUCUCUGAAGGAUUUUUCUAGAUUCCACUCAAGUUUACCUAGGGAUUUCUUAUAGAUAUACAGGGUCACUCUUAAGUUUUUCUAGGAAUUUUAAAUCAAUUUCAAGUUUUCUUAGAUGCCAUUUCUCAUAGGGAUUUGUUUAAAUUCUAGUUAAGUUCUUCUAAGAAUUUACUAGAAAUUUUUUUCAAUUCCAUUUAAGUUCUCUUAGAAAUUUUUCUAGGUCGUCUUAAGUUAUUAUAGAGAUAUCAGUAUUUACUAGGGGUUUUCCCAUAUACUUACUAGGGAUUUUUGUAGAUUCCCCAUGAGUUCUUUUAGGGAGUUACUAUAUAUUUUCCUGAUGUCCACUUAAGUUUCCCUAAGAAUUGUUUACAGAUUUCCAAAGGGUUCCUAGAAAUUUUCCUACAUUUAUAUUAAGUUUACAUAGAGAUUUUCUUAGGUACCACUUAGGUUCUCCUAGGGAUUUACUAGAGAUUUUCCUAGAUUCCAUUUAAGUUCUCCUCCGGAUUUUCCACGAUACUUUUUCAAUUCUUCUAAUAAAAUUCCUAGAUAAUUUUAAGUUGUAGAAGUUUUCUUAGAUUCCACUUCAGUUUUCCUAGGGAUUUGCCAAAGAUUUUCCUAGAUUUCUCUUAAGAUCAGAAACAUUUUAUCCUCUUAUGCUACAAGUAGGAAUUUCUCUAAAUUUUUUCUAAGGUUCCUUCAUAUUUCCCACAUCUCUCCAUAUUUCCCUAGGGAUUGCCUUAGGAGGAGUUUUCCCACCGCUCUUCUAGGGACUUUCCUAUAUUCCCUCAGUAUUCAACUAUAAAUUUCCUCAAAUACUCUUAGGAUUUUUUUAAAAAUCUUUCUAGACUCUCUCAAGUCUAGAGUUUCCCAGCCUUGUCCUAGUUCUUUUCUCAGGGUGUCCUUAGAAACUCCCUAGACUAUUUCCAGAUCCGCUUAUAAUUGACAAAUAGUAUGUCUCCAUCUCUGAUCUCCCUAACACAGGCCUAAAAUAAGUGGAAAUUACUGGAUUCAGACCUCAACUGAUCAGUUCCGGAUAUUUUGCCCGCACAAGUCUCAAUGUUUAUCAAAUUAACAGAUAGUUCGAGGUUCUCCUCUAACAAAGAAACAUUCAUAUCGUGCCUUAAUGCAAUUACGACUUAAGUAGGAUUUAUAAAAGCGCCAAACACAAGACUAGAUCCAUAGAUCAUAGAUUAAACGUAAUCGAAUGGAAACUUAACAUUUUCGAGAUUUUUAAGACCUAAAUUAUACGUACCUAACGACGAGUGUUAGCGAUAAGAAAGAGUCUAUAUAAAUUAUUCUCUAUAAAAUAUUGUAUUGUCUAUUGUUUAUCGAUUUUACGAUUAAGUGGCACCUUUCGGGAAUUGGACACAUUUUCAAAAUGAAACCUAAAAUAACACACAACUUUCAAAAUGAAACAUACAUUUAUGAAUUCGUAAAGGACUCCUCACAGUGUACAGAGUUCGAGGAAAGUUUUUAUGAUUGCCACAGGGUGGCUCUUCGCUUUCGGUUUUGUAGAGGUUCGUUAAAAAAGCUGUUGCGCCACUGACCUUGACGUUUAAAUUCAAGGUCAAAUUUUUUUGUUGAUGCAUUAUAUUCCACUUAUUGCAAGGAUAAAAAAUUGUAAAGGAACUAUAGGUUCAAAUUUAACUAUUCUUCUGAAAAAUGAUGAUAGAGUUUUAUUAGUUAUUUGGGUGGGAUAAUUUUGACACAAUGAUUCUAUCUGAAGAAAUAAGUAAGAGACUUGAUAUGAAGUACUCUUCGUACAACAAGAAACCACUGUUAACAUUGUACCAUAAAUAAAAUCAGUAUCUUAACUGGAUAUAUCUUCAUUUGGAUCUUUAACCAGUUAAGUGUGUGUGACGACUAUACCCGUCAUGGAGAUGUGGCAGAAUUUUGUGUCAUG